CUUCCCAUGUCGCUACACACAAACCUCCUCCGCCUGCUCGUCCCGCUCUCGCUCGCGCUCGCCGUCGUCGCGGGCACCGUUGCGUUCGGCGUGGACGGGCUUGUGCUUGGCACCGGCCACCGCCUCGUCGAUGCUGAGCUGCUCGUCGUGCGCGGCGCGGCGUUGCUGCUCGCUGCGUUCUGGGGCUCCGCCGCGGGUGCCGUCUACGGGUAUCUCAAGAAGACCAAGGUGGCCAACGAUCUGGAGAGCGGACCGGUCUUCAGUGUGACCCUUCAAGAAAAGGCCCUCCUGCCCACCGUGACGCCUGCCCACGUGCCGUACAUCCCACCCUUUCCCCCGGCCCCGCCCAUCGUCCCCGCACCAUUCCCCGCCAUCGCUCCCUUCAACGGCAGCAACGAAUACUACCGCUGCGUCGACUGCGCCGCGUUCUUCCUCCUGCCCGGCCAGCUCGCAGACCACAUGGAGGACCACCACGGCUGGGAGCAGUACGCCGCCAAGCCGGCCGACGGCUACAAAUGCGUCGACUGUCCUGCCCUCCUCCCCGACGCGAUGGCGCUGCGCACCCAUAUGCAGGGCGUCCACGGCUGGGGAUACGGCCACGGGUUCGCCAACGUUAACAGCACCGUCGUGGAGAAGUUCGCGUGUGUCGACUGUCCGCUCAGCUUCACCGACAAGUACACGCUGCAGGCCCAUCUGGAGGACGCCCACGGCCGCUGGCCGGACUUUGUCGAGCCCCUCGUCCCGGGGCCGCCCGCGCCGGCGACCAUGUACUGCAGCGCUUUGGGCUGUGGAAUGCCGUGUGCGGGCGUCGAAGGUCUGAACGCUCACAAACUCGCUGCACAUGGAAUCAACCCGCCCCCGCCCCCGCCGCCGGCCUUCGUCACGGUUUUCUGCAGCGUCCUCGGAUGUGGCCUGGCAUUCGCCGGCGCGGAUGCGCUGAACAGCCAUAAACUCACCGCGCAUGGCAUUCCGUUCCCAGCCCCAGCGCCAGCGCCCGGCCCGAUGGCGGCUACUUCAGCCGUCUCUCUUUACUGUGGCUACGCCGGGUGCCCCAUGUGGUGCCCGGGCCAGGACGCACUGACCUCCCACAAACUCGCCGCGCAUGGCGUCCUUCCGCCCCCGGGCCCUUCAUCAACCACGGCUUGGGGCUUCCCGGCGGCAGUGCCAUCGCACGCAGCGCCAUACGCCCCCGCGCCAAUGGCAUCGCGCUACCGUGACACCCCCUCCCCGGCCCCGGCGCCUGCACCGAGCACCACUUUCCCCGCCUACCCGCCCUUCAGCAGCACCCCCGACGCCUGGCACCCCGGCGCCGCCUGGGCCGCCCGCCCCAUCGUCCCCUGGCCGGCGCCAGCUCCGACCGCCCCGCGUCCGGCCUACCCGGCGUUCGACUGGGACGCGCCCCCGCCGCUCGUGCCCCCCGCGCCGUGGGCGAUGCCCGCAGGGCUUUCCGGCCCGCGCACUCCGUCGCCGGCGCCGUCGCCGACACCCCCGCCGCCGCCCGAGCUGCUGGCGGACACGUUCCCCGCGACGCGGGCGCUGUCGGACAUCACCGAGGCCACCGAGGCGGGCGAGGUCGGGAAGGACAACUUGAAGGCGGAGUAG